UGAGUCGGACAAAACACGCGUUUUUAACGUGUAAACAGGUCAACCAAACUGGCGGUGAAAACGUCUUCUUAAGUAUCCAAACAGGCGAAAGGAACGCGCGCUCUCCUAGUGUUUUCAAAAUGGCAUGUCGAAAGCGUGUGCUCACUUCAUAGGGCACGAGUCUGUAAUGCUUUGUCCGCUAUAUAUGGGGUAUUACGGUAAGGCAUUGCUGCCGCAUACAUAUUAUUUUUUUCCCACUCGGUCAUAAUGAGAUGUUAUGUCAUUUAAACGACACAUUUUAAUUGUAUGUUGUUAAGCUUCAUUAAUGAAAUAGGUCUGAUACACUCUAUAUUAUAGAUCAGAGGUGUGGCACAGUUUACAUGAUGUAAGUUGUUGUUCAUUUUAGCUGCUAUCUAACGAUACCUCUGUAGCACCAUGUAGCACCUGGAUGAUGACCACAAUGGCUCGCAGAAUUCUUGUACAGUGCAGGAUCAGUUUUAACGACAGUUGUCGUCAUAUUUUUUCAAUGUUAAACCCGGACCUCGAUAUUGUGGAAGCCACAAUUGUAAGAUUGGAAAUGGUGUUGCUCAGUUUACGCGGGGUACCAUUUGGGACUGCUUCUUUGCAAGAACUCAUCGGCCUUCUAUCAGCAUUCAUUCAGGUCCUGCGAGACCAGGCCAGUAAUCAAGAACGUUUAAGUGGGUAUCAAGUACCAUUUAUUCAUGAUGGUAAAGGUCCCCCAUCCUAUGAUAUAACCAGGGCACAACUAGAACUUCUGGUGGGGUCUGGAUUUACUUCAAGGCAAAUUGCUGAAAUCCUUGGUGUGUCACAGUCCACUGUGAGACGGCGACUAAGAAUCUUUCAUCUCAACCGUUCAAGACGCUAUGCACAGAUUACGGAUCAGGAGCUUGACAGCAUGGUCACUGAUGCUGUUGGUCAAAAUGAUCUAAUUGGACCUGAAUCUGUGAGGGCUCAGUUAAGCUCAGCAGAUGUGCUUGUACAGAGGAGGAGGGUGAGGGCAAGUAUGCUUCGAACCAAUCCAGAUGCAGCUGUUUUGAGAGCUACAUCACAAAGACUACAGCGCAGAACAUAUCGUGUAGCUGGUCCAAACUCUCUCUGGCACCUAGACGGUUAUCACAAACUCAUAAGGUGGCGGAUUGUGAUUCAUGGAUCGAUUGAUGGCUACAGUCGGCUUGUGGUUUUCCUUGUUGCAUCCAACAACAAUCGCAGCAGUACAGUCCUGCAACAUUUCAGCACAGCAGUCACCCAGUAUGGUGUGCCAUCACAAGUGCGUUGUGAUUACGGUGGAGAGAAUGUUGAUGUGUGUCUCUUCAUGAAUGUCUUCCGUGGAAUGGGCACCAGGAGUGUUCUAAGAGGUCAGAGUACAGACAAUCAAAGGAUCGAGAGGUUUUGGGGUGAUCUUUGGUCUGGCAUGAUCAAUGUGUACCAUAGCCUCUUUACAUUCCUGGAGUCUGAGGGGAUCAUUGAUCCUGCCAAUGAACUGCACAUGUGGGCUUUGCAGUAUGUGUAUCUCCCGAGAAUAAACAGGGAUCUCAGAAUUUUCCGCUGUCGUUGGAAUAAUCAUGGCCUGCGCACUGAGGGAUUUAGUACACCAGUACAGCUGUUUGUCCGAGCAUGCCUGCGGUUGCAGAACAGGCCCUUAAGAGCCAUUCAGGAUGUAUUUGAAGGACCUGUCAAUGCCCCACAACUUCAGGGUGAUGUUCUACCACAGGGACCAGAACCAGCAAUGGCACAAGAAAUGGACACACCUGAGUACCAUAAUGCCGAUCCUCUAUGGAGAGAGGACAUUAAUGUCCCUGAAAGCCUGUUCAAUCUAAAUGAAGGUGAUGUUCAUCAACUCCAGCGCUUGGUGGAUCCUCUGGGUGUCUCCAGGGAUGGCAUGGGUGUUGACCUUCUUUAGAUGACAAUUAUGUUCCUGCAGUCUGCAGUUCAUCCAUAGACCGUUAAUACUGUAGCUUUGUGACAAUUUUUUUAACAGUACUUAUAAGUUCUAUGUAUUGGUCUAAGUCAUUGUAAGCUACUUGGCCAUUCUUGACAGUACAGGUACAUAGGUUUAGCUUGUGUUUGUGUGAUGUUGACUGCAUUGCACAUUAGCCUUUUUUUUUAAAUGUGUCCCUGAAUGCGGUAUGGAGGUCCUUGUUAAAGGGUAAUUGAGUUUUUGUUAUUCUGUUAUCUGGCAUAUUAUUUGGCAGUAAAUUGUUCAUACAAUAAUUAAAACGACAAACAGUAAAAUUUCAAAUAAAUUUAUUAAUAUGCGUUUAUACUCUUGUCUAAGUGUCCAUCAUAUAAGGUGUGAUUUAUAAUACAUUAGUUUAUAAAGAUUUAAUUAAUUUGCAAAUAUUUAAUUAAUGCAUUUGUAGUUUUUUGUUUUACACUUUACGUUGUUAAUUACAUUAUUAAAGUCAUGAAUAUUAUGUUUUUAAAUAAGUAUAAUAUCAUCCAAUAAUAACGAUAUAAUUACGCGCGAAAUGGUUUGCGUAAGUCUGGGAAAUCCGGCCAUGACAAACAGGAUGAUGGGAAAACGUGGUCUGCAUAGAGCACAUGGC